AUGGACCCCCUCUACGAGUCCCAAGCCCAGUUCACCAUCUCCCUCCUCCCCGUCUCUCUUUCGCUCGUCCACAUCCCCCGCUCCCGCCUCACCCAGCUCUCCCAUCCAGUCCUCCGCCUCAUCCUCCAGCCGAAGCCUGCGUUCCUGAACAUCACCUGCAAUGAAAUAGAGCUCAGCCUCUUUGCAGAGCACCAGAUGCUCGAGGACUUUGAGUUGCUCGCUCGUCGCGACCGCCAGCGGCAGCGGGCACGCUCAGGCUCCACUGCGAGCAGGAAGAGCAGCUCCAGCAGCCUCGUGGAACCGGUGGAGAUGUCGUACGAGAGGUGGAAUGUUCUCCAGAUUGACUCGCAUAGCGAUGCGCUAGAGAACGCCGGUUCCAGGGUGAACGAGCUGUCGGCACCGCUAGCUGCUGCAGGUAUAUCUAUCCUGUACCAAUCUUCGUAUAUGAGCGAUUUUAUAUUUGUUAAGGAAUCCCGAUUGCAUGAGGUGAUGAGUCUGCUCGCCCAGGCGGGAUUUGACCUGUACUCUGCUACUCAGGAUCCAUGGACAUUGUCACCGACAUCUCACGACAUCAAUGCAAUGGUCGACAUGUCCACAACUACGAUAUUGACCAAGUCUCGCAGUAGCAUGGACAUAACUUCGUCGACGUGCACAUCUCCCAAAAGCCAGUCGCCUGAGCGAACUAGACCGUCGCUACAACGUCAAAAGUCACACUCGCCUACAAACGUUGAUAUAGAUGUCCUAGACCCCGACCUCGCUUGCGUAGGUCUCUCCGAGGAGAACAUUGAUAUCUGGAGUCUGAAGAUCGUAAAACUCGUUGCGUUCCCCGACCUCAUCCACUCAUGUCGUAAAUCGUCAACACCCGCUCCCAUAUCAAAAGCCGGACAGUAUUCGGCCCUAUUCGGCGCUCCAUACAGCUCGCUGUCGCCGACUUCCUUAGACUCCCCCUUAUCGUCAUAUUCGACGUCAAGUGACGAAGAAGGGUACUUUUCCCAGUCCCCCAAAGAUGGGAACUACUCCAAUGGCUCUCUAACGUCCGCCUCGCGCUCUUACACGGACCUAUCUAAUCUAAUGCCGAAUACAUCUCCCCUGAAGUCGGCCUCAAAACACGUCGUUCCCUCCGCCCCCCUUGAUGCCCACAAACUAUCGAACUCCCUCAUCUCAUUCAAAAAAGAUUCUUCCGUGUCCUUCUUUAGCUUCACAAGGACAUCAGAAGGUUCGUCAUUAACGUUAGACGUGUCACUCCUUGCCACGCUCUUCCCGCCUCAAGAACGGUUCAUGGUCAUAUGUAGCGGAGAGUUUGAUGCACUUAGCGAGUCCGAGCUCGAUGACCAGGACUGGGAUGCCCCAAGUACCACGCACAAGUGUCUCCAGAUUGACCUGCGACGUUUCGGAUUAGAUAAACACGGUCUCGUGAACCGCUUCUCCAGAGUUCUUGAGGAGAAUCAUAUCAACCACAUGUAUAGCUCGACGUUCAAGACGGCAAACCUACUGGUAACUCCUUCCUCUGCUCGUUACCGAGUCCAGACCUCGCUAAUUCCUUCCAACACGGACAAGGACGAUAUACCCCCUCCUAGCGAACCCUCCCUAGCCAUCGCUUCCGCGAUUCCAUUGUUCACAGCCCUCCCAACCCUCCCAGUCGCUAUAUUCGGCCACCUCGCACAUCCCUCGCUCUCUUCAACCGACCCCAGUCCGAAAUCCGCCAUCCAGACAUCGGCCAUCCAUCAACCAACCGCUUAG